CAGUGACAACUCAAAAUCUCAAAACAAUCUUGUUUACAAACGACAUGAAAACAGCUGAGGUGUCGCUUCCAGAACCGUAAUCUGCUGGCGGUCGACCGAUGAACGCUGCUGAAAAUGCCACCGCCGCAGGCGGCGACGUCGAGUUUGUCUGUUCGGAGCGCAUCAAGUUCCGCAAGUUUCGCUCCCAGAACAUCGUCCACCGGUUGCAGAAUCGCGCGCUCGGUUUGCGGUCGCACUCGGUCCGAGAGUUUUACCAGAACAUCCUGCCGGGAACGACGGUGGUCAACGUGGAGAAACCUCCGUGCUACUUGCGGAAGUUUAGCCCUGAUGGAAGGUAUUUGAUAGCGUUUUCGUCAGAUCAGGCCUCGCUGGAGAUUUACCGCUACAUGGGCUGUUCGGCGGCCGGCGAUCUGUUCCAGGACUGGGGCGACAGCGAGCUGGUCAGCAACGAUGGGACGGGCGGAAAGAGCUACCAGAUCCGGAGUCAGAUUUUCGAGAAGCUGUUUAAGCUCAAGCACGUCGUCAACAUGGACAACAACGAAAAGCAGCUGAACCGGGAGUGCAGCCUGUUCACGAACGACUGUCGCUUUGUGAUCGUCGGUUCGGCGCUGUUCAUCCCGGAGGAGAACCGGCCCCACUUUUACGAGCUGUACACGAACAACGAGGCGAUCAAACCGACGGCGAGCUGCCCGCUGGAGGAUUACACGCUGUACAUUAUCGACCUGCACAACGGGCGCAUUUCCGACUCGAAGGACUUUAAGGUGGACAAAAUAGUGCUGUCGCACAAUCAGGGCCUGUACUUGUUUAAUGAGACGUUGGCGAUACUGUCGAUUCAGCACCAGAACAUUCACAUCUACUCGAUAGCGGAGGGGACGUUCAUUUUGGAGCGGAUGAUUGGGCGGUUUUGCUGUCCGGAUGAGGGGUUCCUGUACAGUUUGGGGACGAUGGGUGGUCGUGCGGGGAUCAAUUCGAACUUGCGGGCGUUCCGGGAACCGACGAUAAACAGUUUGAAGCAUCGGAUGUUGGUGUUUUUGUUCCGGCAGGCUCAGCAGGUGGUUGAGAGUGGAGAGGAUAGACUGGCGUUGCGCAAGUUUUAUCGGCGGUUUGACGAGUACCGGAAUCUGCGGAUGUGGAAGAUGCAGCUGUUGGACGAUGACCACAUUUUUAUUCGAUACGCCAGUGAAGACGUCGUGACGCUGAAGACGAUGGAACCGAACAAUCACAGUUCGAGCCUGUUUGUAGUGUACAACAUCUGGAAGAACAAGAUCAUCGCGAUUUAUGGGAACCAGUCGGCUGAGCUGCUGUAUUUGUACGAAAACUUUUGCGACAGCUUCCGGAACGCAAAUCUGGCCAUGCAGUCGCAGUACACGUGCUCACCAAGCAACAACAUCUACAGCAAUCUGAUCCACCAGCGGUUCAAACAAACCAUGAUCGGUGCCCGCGGCGGUGGCGUCCAAGAGGCCACCAAGCGAAUCCUGGCCCAGCUGCCAAUCAGUGCCCAGUCGUACAGCAGUUCACCGUUUCUCGAUCUCAGUCUGUACAGCUACGACGACAAGUUCGUGUCGGUGCUGGAGCGGCCAAAGGCUUGCGCCGAGUUUCCGAUUCGAUUCUUCGCACGCGACUCGGGACUGCUCAAGUUCCGGAUCUACGCCGGCGUCCAGAACCAGCAGGCCAACUCGGGCCGACGGCUCGUCGCGUUCACCUUCCACCCGACGGAACCGUUCGCCAUCAGCGUGCAGCGCAUCAACACCGAGUACAUUGCCAACUUUCACAUUCGACACGCGGAAACCCAGAUGAACCGGUAGCAAUAAAGGUAGCGUUGUUUUUAA